UAUAUACACAAGCCAGUUAGUUACGAUGAUCUAAAUUUGUGAAAUAAUAAGAAUGUUUUGUAUAGACGCGAGUGGAUAUUAAUUAUUAACAAGAAAUUAUUGCUGUAAGUGUGAACUAGCAUACAUUCAGAAAAAGAGAUAUUUUAUCUCCAAAUGGGAGCAACAGGUUCAAAGGGUGAGGAUCAUGCAUUCGAUCGAGGAAGUACAUUGAGCCUGUCGUCGAAAAGAAGAUCGUCAAAAGUAGAUGAACUGCAAUCAGUAACCGAUACCAUUACACGAAUCAAAGACGAAAUAGAAUACUACAAUGGAACCCGAGCCGAUCCUCGGUACGAAGAAUGCCAAAAAAUACUUGCAGAUUUGUCGAGUAGACUUCAAGACUUGAAGAAGUCCGGUAAACGAAAGUCCACUGCCCGUAUAGAUGAUAUCUUGGACGAUAUCAAAGUCUGCUUUCGAUUACUUGAAGAGAAGGUCGCCAGCAACGAUGCCAAAGAACAAAAUCUCGAUAUGGCAUCAAUUGAGUCCCAUUCCUUCAUCAAUCAGAACGUCAAUAAAUUUGAACAGGCUAAGAAGCCAGAAUUUCACGGAAGUAUGGACAGCAUGAUUUCAGCAUCGGGGUAUCAUCCUAAAAAAGAGAAGCCCAAAUACCGCCCCAUCAGUACUAUCGAUCUGUUAGAACAACAGGUUGAAAAUAUCGAAAAAGAGGUAAAAAGCGCUGUUGAACUAGAAGACACCAAACAAUUUCUCAUUUUGGAAAAAAAGAUUCAAAUUCUGUACACCGAUUUGGAGAUGAUUCCUUCAGAUGCUCACACACCAAUGAGCGAAAGGAAAGAAGGACUGGAGAAACGUUUAAUAAAAUGCAAUAAUCAACUUAAAAAGACCAAGAGAAGCAUGGACAGGAGAUCCAGAACCAGUUCUCAAAUUGAUAGUAAAGCGUCCACAUCGUCAGUUGUUGACAGGAGAGAAGUAAAAUCUGUCGCUGAUCCUGUAUCGACCGAACAAAUGGACGAAAUCGGAAAAAUUUUAAGUGAACUUGAAGAAUAUCUUCUCAAAGUUCAAGUAUUCGAUGGAACUAAGAAGGACGACGAUUACAAAAGACUCGUUGGAAAAUUAGAAGAGUAUUGGUCAAAGGUUUACAAUAUAGAAGAGUUUAGUAACAUCGAUCGCACAAGAAAAAUCGAUACGAUUGAGAAAAUCAAAUUUCUUAUAAAGAAAUUAGAAACGAAAGCAGAGCAAAAUGCUAAAAUCCUUUUAGCAAAAGCAGACAUCAAUAGAAUCGAAGACGACCUACAAAUUUGCAACAGGUCUAUCAAUUCUUUUAGAGGCAAAAAAGGUGAUGAUGCCUACACAAACAUAGAUCAGAAGCUGAGGCUUCUCUGGGACAAUUUGGGCAGAAUAGACGCAGGAGAUGCGAUAAUCACGAAGAAGAAAAACGAAAUUAUUGAUAAGGUUCAGGACGCGUUGAAGAAUCUUGAAGAGAAGGCAACUGUUGAAAAUGUUAUAGAACCCGUCCAAGUAUUAGCUCAUCAAAAUGUACUAGAUGAAGAUUACAUUCCACAACAAUUGUUAAAACAAGCGGAAGAGUUCCAGAAUCAUUGGAGCCAACUUGAAUAUAAUCUUAAUAAACAGAAAUUAAAAAAUAAAGAACACUAUCAAAAUAUUGUUGCAGUUUUAGACAAUGUUUCAGAAUCGCUAACGUUUUUUAUAAAUGAACACAGAACCAGCAUUGAUUCUCCUCAAUCAGCACCAAACAAAAUCCAAUCUACAUCUCAAAGUGCAAAAAGUAGCCGUGACGAGCAACGCGCUCAAUUUUUCAAUAGUAUAAGAAACGAACCAGAGCAUUUGGAACAAAAAUCACUGGCAUCGUCGAUCGUGUCUGAAAUCGUUAGGAACAAUUUCAUUUUGGAUACUCGCAAUUACAAAAAACCUGAUCUUAUAUCUAGUGAGAAAGACUUACGUGUAGCAGUCGAUAAUGAAGAAUCAAAGAGCAAAAUCCAAACUCUUUCAGCCACCAACGUGCUCGCUGAAGUUCAAAGGAUGCGAGUUGAAGCAAAAGACCUGGUUAAGCAAAUCAAUCAUUCUGACGUAGGAGACGAAAAGAUAUAUUUAAGAAUAAAGAAUGAGUUGAGGCAGCUACAAGAUUCUAUUAAAGCUAUUGAUAGUGAUGGAACUCAAACGUUAUCGUUGCAUAAAACCAAAACUGAAAAGUAUAUCAAUGAUGGUCUUCAGAAAUUGGAAGAGAAAAGAACAGAACUUAAAAGAAAAGAAGACGAAGAGAAAUCGAAAAGUGCAGCUAGCAAAAGUGAAAGCAGUCCAGGAAGAAUUUCUGUUUCGAGAACAUUGCAAGACAUAAUGAACAUUGAUGCCAAUGUACAAUAUCUACAGAAGCAGAUCCAAAAGUUUGAAGGAAUCACCAAAGAUCCGGCAUACACAAAAAUUGAAUCAGGACUUGCGGAAAGUCAGUCCAAAUUAGGAUCCAUCGAUAUCAACGGCUACGAUAAUUUGCGGAUCAGCAAGAAUGAAAUAAUUCAACAAAUUGGAAAGUACAAGAAGGAAUUGGAAGAUAAAUUAGUUGAUAAUCAGAAGAACUAUAAAAAUUCCAACCCCAAUUUGAUAAGUAUAGGCUCUGAGGAACCUAAAAGACAAGUUUCUCAAGAACUUAAGUCAGUAAUCGAAGAAGUUCAAAAACUCAAAUCGCAAGUGGAAAGGUUUUCAGGGAUUUACAAAGGAAUUCAGUACAAACAAAUAGAAGAUAGCUUUAAUUUGACUUCAGCAAAAUUAGAAGCAUUAGAUUCCAAAGGAAACGAUAAAAUUGAGAAUGCAAAAGCACAAACGUCCCAAAAGAUUGAACAGUACUUAAAAAUAUUAGAAGAUAAAUCCAUGAAAGUCGCCAAAGUAAGUCCAGAAGCUUCAACAGAAGGAAAAGAAGAAGAUGUAAACAAAAAUGAAAUCGUAGUAACAACAACCAAGCCAGUGACAACAAUAUCAGCUACUACGUCACCCAGCGCAUCAACCGACAAAAAUAUAAAUCCUUUGAUUAUAUCGUUUCAGCAAAUAGAAGCCUUACGUAACAAAUUGGUUACAAUAAAGGAGUCCGUAGAAUCCUUUCAAGGUACUUAUAAAGACUCUAACUAUAUUAAGUUGGAAAACGAUUUGCUAGCCUGUAAACAGGACAUCAACAAAAUUGAAGAUCAUAGUAAUGCUUCGAUAAAUACCAGUAAAAAUCAGUAUAUAGAAUACAUAGACAAACUCCUAAAGUACUUUGAAGAUAAAAUGAACAUUGACAGAGCAAAUAGCGAUUGGGAUCGCAAUCCGCUUGAAGAGAUGAAAGAGACAGAGAAAGAAUUAUCACAGCUUAAAAAGGAUAUCGACAAAUUCGAAAUGAGUCAAGGUGAAGAAGUGCUUAAGGAUCUCGACGAGCGACUCACAAAACUGAUCGAAAAGAUCGAAUCGAUUGACAUAGGAAACUUGACAAAUUUACGAGAUCACAAGAACAAAAUUCUUUUCGAAAUACAACAAACUGUGAACCUUUUGAACGACAAAGCUGUGUCACCGUUUCCAGAAGAAUUACAGCAGAUUUUGCGUGAAAUAGCGUAUGUUAAUCAUGGGGUGAAUGAGUUUAAAGGAACGAGGUAUGAUAAGAAAUAUGCAGAACUUGAUGAAGCUCUUAUACAUCUCAUGAUGAGGAUCAGAGGCGUGGACACGAGAACUAGUACAGCCGUAGCCGAUGAAUGCGUCAAAGCGAUUCAGCGGAUACAAGAACUGAUGAAGGUACUUCAAGAGAAAGUUCGCAUUCCAGGACUAGAUGAUAAAGCACCUUUAGUUCAUAAUUUAGGUACAUUUGUGUAGUAUGUAGCAGUAGUAUAGUUGAUUGUUUUGUAUUUUAUCUUGGAUAAACGAGCUUACCGUCUUAGCAGUU